AUGGCCGACUCUUCAAUCGUCUUCAUCACGGGCGGCAACACUGGCAUUGGGUACGAGACCGUAAAGGCUCUGUAUGCUUCACCACAACCGCACACCAUCCUGAUGGGUAGUCGCUCUCUCGAAAAAGCCGAAGAUGCCAUCUCCAAGCUCAAAGGUGAAGUCUCAGAGGCCAAAUCAGAUGUCGUCCCCAUCCAAAUCGACAUUGAGGACGAUGCGUCGAUCGAAAACGCAUUCAAGAACAUCGAGAGCAAUUAUGGUCACAUUGACUCGCUGAUCAACAAUGCCGGCGGAUCUUUUGAUGGCAUCAUGCGCAAGGACCCUAGCCCCAAAGGCAUUCGCGCAGCUUGGGACAGAAGCUACUCCCUUAACGUCACUUCCACCCAAGUAGUGACCCAUCUUUUCGCGCCCCUAUUGAUAGCCUCCAAACACCCUAGGCUUCUCUUCGUGACUUCUGGUCUGUCUUCCCUCGAAACCUCUUCCAGUAGCUUCAAUUCCAAGCUCAUGAACGCACCGCCGCCAAAGGGUUGGCCCAAGCCACCAUCCAUGGCCCAAACAGCUUAUCGCUCGAGUAAGGCUGGGAUGAACAUGAUGAUGCUAGACUGGACACAAAGUCUUAGCGUCGAUGGAGUCAAAGUCUUUGGCAUCAGCCCCGGAUUUCUGGCUACGGGAUUGGGAGGCAUGGGGCCGGAAAUGUUGAAGAAAUGGGGUGCGGGCGACCCAAGUAUUGGGGGCGUGUUCAUCAAGGAUGUUGUGGAAGGGAACAGAGACGAGGAUAGCGGCAAAGUUAUCAACAAGGAUGGUGUGCAGCCUUGGUAG